AUCAUUGAGCUCCCUCUAAUCUUCCAUUAAUUUGGCUCAAGUUUUGAUCUUUCUCAGCAGGAAGUCCAGCACCACAACCAACAACAGCAACCCAUGCCUCCAGGCUCCAAAGAAGCCAGAAAGAUUCCCCCCCAAACAGUAUUCAGAAAAGAGCUAAAAGGAGCACAAACACCAACCAAAGCAACCGUCUGUUCACCCUCACUUUCUCUAUCUUCAACACUAUCGCCACAAGAAUUCUUCCUCCAACCCUAAUCCAUUCCCUAACCCCCAAUUCAAAUCCCAAAAACGCCCCACCUGGCAUAAAGACCACCUGAUCGAAAUCUGGGUUAUAACUCCAAACCCAACAUUUUCCCUAGAAAAUGUCCCAGCUGAAGCCAAUGUCCCACCUCGACAACAUUCCCUCAACUCCAGGAAAAUUCAAGAUGGACAAAUCCCCCUACAUUCACAGACUCCGCUGGCACUCAUCGCUCGCCAAGCUGACCUUCUGGUCCUUUGUGUUCCUGGGCUUGAUCUUGCUCUUCUUCUUCAGAUCCCCAUCUUCUUCACCUCUACCCUCCGAUCCUUCUCGCCGUUCUCUCAGGACCUUCAACUGGGGUGGAGCCACCUGGGAAAAACGUGUCCGCUCCUCCGCCCGACUUCGCUCACGUAACGGCAUGUCGGUGCUCGUAACGGGAGCUGCUGGGUUCGUCGGAACCCAUGUAUCCACCGCUCUCAAGCGCCGCGGAGACGGCGUGCUCGGCCUCGACAAUUUCAACGACUACUACGAUCCGUCAUUGAAACGAGCUCGCCAAGCGCUUUUGGAGCGCACCGGCGUGUUCAUUGUUGAAGGAGACAUCAACGAUUCAACGCUAUUGAGUAAGCUUUUCGAAGUUGUUGCAUUUACCCAUGUGAUGCAUUUGGCUGCUCAAGCUGGAGUGAGGUAUGCCAUGGAAAAUCCUGGCUCUUACGUGCAUAGUAACAUUGCUGGUCUUGUUAGUCUUUUAGAGGUUUGUAAAUCUGCAAAUCCACAACCCGCAAUCGUGUGGGCAUCUUCCAGUUCAGUUUAUGGACUUAAUAGUAAGGUACCCUUUUCGGAAAGAGACCGGACCGACCAGCCUGCUAGCCUGUAUGCGGCUACUAAGAAGGCCGGUGAAGAAAUUGCGCAUACUUACAAUCAUAUAUACGGCCUUUCACUUACUGGGUUGAGAUUUUUCACCGUUUAUGGUCCGUGGGGGAGACCCGAUAUGGCCUAUUUCUUUUUCACGAAGGAUAUAUUAAAGGGGAAGUCGAUUUCGAUCUUUGAAGCGGCUAAUCAUGGUACGGUCGCUAGGGACUUUACCUACAUUGAUGACAUUGUGAAGGGGUGCUUGGCGGCAUUGGAUACCGCAGAGAAGAGCACUGGGAGUGGCGGGAAGAAGAGGGGCCCAGCUCAACUGCGGGUUUUCAAUUUGGGGAAUACUUCACCCGUGCCUGUUUCAGAUCUUGUGAGCAUUUUGGAGAGGCUCUUGAAGGUGAAGGCCAAGAGACGUAUCAUGAAGUUGCCUCGAAAUGGGGAUGUCCAGUUUACUCACGCCAAUAUCAGCUUGGCUGAAAGGGAACUUGGUUAUAAGCCCUCAACGGAUCUGCAGACGGGCUUGAAGAAGUUUGUGAGGUGGUAUCUCAAUUACUAUUCUGGUGGGAAAAAGGCUGCCGGCUGAAAAAUUCUUUUGAUUUCGUUGGUAGGAUCCUUUGAAUUCUGUUCAUUAUGAUUCUUAUGAUUGUUUUCAACAUUUCUAUGUUCGGUGCACGAUUAUCUUCUUUUCGCUUAUCUUAAUGAUGCCAUAUAAUGAGGAACCUUGUGCCCUGCAUUGAAGAAGUUUUGUGGUUGGUGGUCAUUGUUCGGAGCACUCCUUAGCUGUAUCAAAGAGAACCCGAACCAUCUUUUUCUUUCUCUCUUAUGUAAUUUCUGUAGCUUCGGCACUGUAGAAUUCGGGACUGAUAGAGCAUCUGCUGAUUGGUGGACAUUUAUCAUUUUUAUGAAAUUUAAUAAAAAUUUACACAAUAGUUUGCCUUA